CGACUUGAAAUCCAUAAGACCGAAUUUUCGACCUGCAAAAAUCCAGUAGGGAAGUCAACCGUGCGGACCCUGCAACAAGCUCGUCGGCCCAAAGUCGAAACGUCGGCUGCCCUGCCGCACGACCGACCUGUGCCCGACAGACACAGCGCUGCAUCCGACGACACCUGCCUUUCCGCUCAACAUCGAUGGCCCUACCGUGAAAUACUGCAUGCCCGCCUGACCUGAUUCCGCCUUAACUCCGGGAACAAAACAUUUCGGUACCUGAAGCAGCUUCGAGAUAACUCGUCGGACCUGAUCGAAACGGUAGACAUCACGCCGUCAUGUCUAAACGCGGCCCUUCAGUUUUGGUCACAGACGCGCGCGACCGACCGUCAGCCCGCGGCAGCGCAAGCCGUGGAGGCCCUGGGAGGCCAGGGCAGGGCGGCCCCGGACGAGACAAGAUGCCCAUGCGCUUCGUCUCGGUCGACAAUGUACUGCAGUACGCCUCUGAAAUCCCAUCCGGCCAACCGCGUGUGCCACCACCGGGCCAGCAGGGCGCCCACCUCCAUCAUGCGCGACCUGGGGGCGGCCCGUCGUCCACGCGGCGAAACAGCCACGGAGGUCUUCCCACGCUAGCCAGCAUACGAACUGGUCUUCAAAACGUGCCAAGCCGCACGACCAAGAUCAGCGAGAAGCUAGUCCUCCUGCCCGAAAUGGAGAAGGACGACGAGGAUGAGGACGAUGAAGAUGCAGACGGGGAGACACUGCCGCCUCCAGUGCUGCGACAGGACAGCUCAGAGGACAGGCCACUGCGUGAUGAGGAGCUCGACGGUUUGCGCAAGAGGGGUGGGAUUAGAGGCAAAAGCUUUGCCGAGAGGCUACCCAAGGUUCAGCGGGGAGAUCGCGUGUCGAGGCUUACGGCAUAUUGCACCGCCCAGGCGGUCAAAAUGAAACCAACGGCUGAUUUCCUGCGGACCAAGCUCGGCGCAAAAACCAAGCUAUAUGACGACUGCCUUUAUACCGUUUUCCAUCUACCAUUACUUCCCGGAACCGAUGGGUACCGGGUCCGGAGCCGGCCGGUGCUGAAAACUCCAGGCACAGGGAAGACGGUACUUGAUAUUGAGAUCGAGCGGAGCGAGAGGCGGGACGAACACAUGGGCUACUUUUAUGAGUAUCCUACUACGGAGGAAGGGAUCGAUAUCCCAGCGCCAGUCAACGGGAGCCACGACAUGGCCAUGAAUGGUCCAAGCCCAGUGGAAAGGCUGGUGGCCGAGGCCAAAUCCUUUGCCGAGAUGUUUGUCUUUUCGUACGGUGUUGUAGUCUUCUGGAACUUCACCGAGAACCAGGAAAAGGAUAUCUUGGCCGACAUGACAUUCUCAGAGAAUGAGGAGGGCGUGUCUCUACAGACACGGCCACUGGACCAAGAGGACUACGAGACGGAGGAGUUUCAUUUUGAUUACAGUGCCGACGUAAAGAGGCCACGGGUCUUCAACGACAUGAUCACGCUGUUGCCUAGGAGCGAUCACAUGGUAAAGCUGACCAUCAGCCACGCCAUUGCGCAGAGCACCAAGCUGUGCUAUUUUGAGGAGAAGAUGGGGGAAACGAUGCUGGAUGCCCAACACGUGCCCAAGCAACUGGCUUUGACGGGAGAACUCGCCAUGACGAGGACUGAAAUCGUAAAGAUACUCGGCAGGCUGUUCAAAAGCCGCGUUGACAUCAACCUAUCAUCCAACAUAUUAGAUGUACCCAAUUUCUUCUGGGACUCGGAGCCGACGUUACACCCUCUCUAUGUUGCCAUUCGGGACUACCUCGAGAUAGAUCAGCGCAUCAAGGUUCUCAAUGAGCGGUGUCGAGUGUUCCUUGAUCUCGCCGAAAUAUUGUCAGAUUCGGUAGCAGACGCAAAGAUGAGCUCCAUCACCUGGAUCAUCAUUAUCCUCAUUGUGGUCAGCAUUCUGGUCACAGUAACCGAGGUGACGCUGAGAUUUGGAAUAUUGGAAAAGGAGAGAGGUAAAAAGGGGGUUGGUGAUGAAGCCGGACAGCCGGAACUGAGGAGUGAUUUGUUAAGUCGGCUGAGGGAUGCCAAUAUCUCCUUAGACGAGCUGCGGAUCUGGGGUCAGGGGCUGAGUGAGCCCGAAAAGGGCGCAGUAUGUGGCUCAACGUACGUGGGGAGGACAUUUGCAGGUGUUUGAGCGUGUAAUUACUACAAGAACGAGCCUCUGUUGUUUGCUUUUUUUUUUCUUUUUCUUUUCCUAUUCCUUGUUCUUUUCUACUCCGGACUCGCAUUUGGGUCCCGAUCCAGCACUCAUUUUGUCUACCUCCUAUCUAGCGAAGGCGUUUUGGUGAACAAAUCAUGAAAUUUCUCGGACCAGUGUUACUCCCAGGUUUCAACUCGGAUGGUUGAUUGAGUGUCAUCUUCAAUAUUG